AUGGCAUAUCAGCAGCCCUACGGUGGCUACGGUCAACCCCCUCCUGGUCAAUAUCCCCCACAGCAAGGCUACCAACCUCAAGGCGCAUAUGGCCAGCCCCCUCCACAACAACCGCCAUAUGGCGCACCACAAGCUCCAUACGGUGCCCCUCCGCAAGGACAAUAUCCUCCUCCUUCAAAUUCUCCAUAUCCUCCUCAAGGUGGUUACAAUCAGCCUCCCCCUCAGCAGCCUUACGGAGCCCCCCCGCAACAACCCUAUGGUGCACCACCCCAUCAAGGUUACGGAGCCCCUCCUCCUAAUCAGUAUGGGCCGCCGCAGGGUUACCCGCUCCCGCCAUCACCAGGUUAUGGAGCGGUAGCAAACAUACCAUAUGAUCCAUCUCACGAUGCCGAAGCCCUGAGAAAAGCUAUGAAAGGUUUUGGCACCGACGAGAAAACUCUUAUUCGAGUCCUUUCCACAAAAGACGCGUACCAGGUAGACAUGUUACGCAAAAGGUAUAGUGAUUUAUUUAAGCAAAGAGCUUUAAUCAAGGACAUUCAAAGCGAGACAAGUGGGUGGUUCGAAGAAGGGUUAUGCGCGCUUGUUCGGGGACCUCUACAUCAAGAUGUGCAUCUCCUCGAAAACGCUAUGAGAGGACUCGGUACCAAGGAGAAGGUGUUGAACGAUGUUCUGCUUGGCAGGUCAAACGCCGAUAUGCGAGCAAUCAAAGAUACAUAUAAGAGUACAUUUCGCAGGAGUCUAGAGGCAGAUGUCAAGGGCGACCUCAGUAUGAAGACAGAGCGUCAUUUUAUGAUGGUCUUGGCUGCGAACAGGAACGAGAACGCCCCUAUCAACCCUCAACAGAUCGAUCAGGACGUUAUGGAGCUUUACAAAGCAACAGAAGGAAAGAUGGGUACAGACGAAAUACUAGUUUGCAAUAUCCUCACGCAACGUAGCGAUGAUCAGAUUCGCGAAAUAGCCAGAACUUACGAGGCAAAGUUUCGUAAGAGUCUAGAAUCGGUCAUAAAAUCAGAGUUCUCCGGCCAUAUGGAAAUGGCACUGAUUCAUCAACUACGUUCUGGCACUGACAAAGCUCUACGCGACGCUUACCUCUUAGAAGAUGCAAUGGCUGGGGCUGGGACCAAAGACGCUCUCCUUACAAACCGUGUUAUUCGUAUGCAUUGGGAUAGGAAUCAUAUGGACCAGGUAAAGCGUGCUUUCCAGCACAAAUUCAGAACGACUCUGAAGUCACGAAUCCAAGGUGAAACGAUGGGGGAUUAUGAGAAAUUACUUGUUGCUUGUAUUUAUGAGUAG